AUGUUCGGAUUCGGGGAGGCCAAGGAGCACCGUGACGCUGUCUACGAGGGCCGUCACGAGGGCAAGCUCAGCCAUGAGAUCGUGGCAGGCGGCGCCGCCUUUGAGGCCAUGAAGCUGUUUGAGGACCGCCAGCGCAAGAACGGUACGUCCCCGAGACCCGUUCCUUCACCGGACGGAAUCCUGCGUCCGAGGCCCCAGGCUGACACCGACACAGGAGAGCCCGUCAAGCACGCGUUCGCCAAGGAGAUGCUCGUCGGCAUCGCCGGCGCCGAGGUCGACAAGCUGUUCGAGACCAAGGGUCUCGACUACAUUGACCGCGAGAAGGCUAAGCGGCACGCCGAGAAGCAGGCCGAGCACCUGUACGAGGAGCAGUACGGCGACAUGGACGAGUACAACCCUGAGCGCCGUGGACGUCACCACCACAUGAACUACUAG